GUGAACUUUUCGCUUGCCUUCCAACGAGCAACAUCGAGACUCUUUCGCUCAGGCGCCUCUCUACACUAAUUUUGGCUUCGAUUAUUCAACAAAAUUUGUAUGGAAGGAUCCUCGAUAGGAUAAAAUCAAAAAUUGAUUUAUGAAUAUAACCACACCGGAUUCGUAUCUGGAUGACGCGAAGAACAAGAAACGAAGACCUGGACGCCCGAAAGGCACUGGAAAGAAAGUUAAGGAAAGAAUAGUCUCUCAUAAGAGGCCUGUGGGCCGACCUCGCAGGGAUGGACUUCCUUCUGGGUCGGUGAGUAUCCGGCCCAAACGAGUUGUCAUCCAACUCGACGAUGACUGGGGAAAAUCUUUGCAAAACGAACCAGAUUCAUUCCUGUCCUCGCUCGUCGUCGCACUUUCCGUAUUACCGCCUCCUGUAUCGUCAGGUCCAACCGCAGAAGAAGCCUUUAAAUCUCAUCUCAAUUCACUUGCUCCAACGUCGUCACAUAAUCAGCAUCUGCCAACGCUUUAUUCUAUUCUCAAAACGUUUUGGCUGCCCACUUCGCCCGCGUAUUUCUCGCUGACAGCAUCAGCAUCGGCACGAACCUUGUCUGACCAUCGUUUCUUCUAUUGGGAUCCCCAACCACUUCUAUUCAAUGGGAUAUCAUGUCCAUCAUGCUCCUCUUCGUUGCACAACGAGGGCCGAAUUAAACGUGGUCCUUUGAAGAUUUACGACGUAGAGCGACCUUUCUACAUAAUUGGCGCAGAAGACGAGCUUCCUGUCAGACUUGUACACGUCAAUGAUGUUGGAAGCGACGAGAAUAUUUGGUGCUGGAAGCCUGCAGGCGUCAGCAAGACUUUAUGGAAUCUAGUAUUAGGGUGUGUGAGGGGUGGAUUAAAGAAAGAUAUGGUCAUCAAACUUAUCAGAGAUGCUCAGAAGGGUAUUCAUCAGAUGGUGGAGCCUUCGAAAUCCUCCAAUUCCAAUGAGGGUUUCACGGAUGCGUAUAGUGAUGCCUGGACUGCAAACAUUGCCACUGCCGAUGAAAACGAUACUCAGCGGCCAGAUCCGCCGACCGAGUCGUUCAGCUCAUAUAUUCAAACGUCUACCGUAUCUUACCCUUCCACAUCCAUUCGAUUCAAGCCUUAUGAGUACGGUCCAGUUGGUGGUACUACUCAAACCCUAUCGUCUAAUGGGUCAGAGAGUACCCUCUUGCAUAAUACUGCGCCUCCUGUUCAGAGUUUAUCUCGAUCUCACUCGGUUUCGAGUUCGAUCGUUAGCAGCUCUGCGAUAGCUGAUCCUGGUCAUAACGAACAGCUGCAAACCCCCGCGUUGUUGUCGUCGUCUAGGCCAUCACCAUUAUCUACCACUAUUUCUCCCGUUCCAACGCAUUCUGCUGUUGAUGUACCCCCUACGUCGUCCUCUUCGUCCUCGUCCCCUCCCUCCACGGUACCACGGCCCACUAACACCUAUCCUCGUGUACAGCAGCCGCUUCUUUCGUCCUCGUCAAACUCUCUGAAUACGUUCAGUAAACAUGUCUUCGAUUACCAUCCCGCGCACUAUGCCUUGCACGAUCAACAGCAACAGGGGCAACAACAAAUCCUGCAUACGCAGCCCCAAUCGCAUUUGCAUAUUCAUAAUCCGUACCAACAGACCCAUACAAAUUUAGCUUCUGCCGCUCAUGCACCCGGGCCUCGCAACGAGCCUAUGACCGCGAGUUUGGCCAACACACCUCAUAUUCAUCCCCGAAACGGGGUAGAUGGACAUCCUUCGAUCACUGGCCCUUCCAGCUCGCCGCAAUCCAACUUACCAGGUGUGCCGACCUUUCAGCAUAUCUCUGGUACCUCUUCUGGGCCGCCUCUCUCUUCCACCCCAACCCCCGUCUCAGCUACAACGACGUCCUCAGCGGAUGGGACCCGUCAACCUCGCCAACGUAAUCCCCGACAUUGUUCAAAAUGUGGCUCGACUACCUGCAAAGGUAAAGGCGGAAGGUCGUAUUGUACUAAUGCAUGCAAGGAUUGUGGGAGGUUUGAAUGUCGCGGCAGGAAUUCAAGAAGGCCAGAAAAGAACUGUGAGGAUGGGUGGACCUAGUGAGAUCAUGAAGUAAAUUUUGAUUUGGAUAUUAAACCUAAGGUCUUUACGGUAUUCACAUACGCAUUAU